GCAUGACGGGAAGGAAAAAAGGUCACUUUUUGUGGGCGCCAUGUUGGAGACCUUGUAGGAGGAGUUGUUAUUUUUCCACCGAAAUAAAACACAACUUUCCGCCGACAUGGGGGCCGUGAUGACCCACAAUUACAAGGCCUACUGGUCAGAGGCGGACUACACUCCGAAUCCUGAGAACAUGCCGUCUUUUGACCCCAAUUUCGGCUUCCAGGAGCCGAGAGAAGAACGAGUGAUGGUAGCUACACAGAAGGAAAUGGCGGACGCGAGGGUACCGAUGAAACUACGGGACUACUGCGCCCACAAGUACAUGGCCUGGAUGAUGUGUCGACGUGACCACAUGCCCAACAUUUGGGCCUGCAAACACGAGAGGCACGAGUGGGACCAGUGUGAAUUUGACGAUUGGGUACAUCGCAUGAAGGAGUGGGAAAGGGAACGUCGGCUACUGAAGCGGAAGCAACUGAAGAAAAGACUGGAAGCAGAGGAAGAAUGAUGAAGACAUCUGCUCUAUUCAGACAUCUCUCUCCCCAUUCUUUAUGAUACAUCAUUCAAUACAGAAGAUUCUUUAUUUGCUAUGUGUAACACAUCAUUCUCCAUACACAACAAUUGCAUCUAGGAAGUCUUGUCCAAUAUUUUAUCAAAUGAUUUAGACAUGUUAGAUACAUACCCAUUCCCUCUCAAAAGAAAAAUUAAAUCUUCAUGGAACAACAAUUCUUUUUGUUUACUGAGUAUGACACAUUGAACUGUAGUUCUGAAGUAGCUGUGUGCCUCAGUUGUUGAUAUGCAGGUAAAGUGACAUUGGUUUUGAUCGCUCAUUUACCUGUUCAUGUACAGUACAAUUACAAAGUAUGGUGUGUGGAGUAA